AUGAGCACAGACGUCCUAGCCGAUUUUAAAGAUAAAUUGUUAACUUUACCAGCUUUACCGCACAGUUACAUCUCCUUAGAAAAAGCCGACGACGUCGAAUUACCGGUGUCGCAUCUUCAAGCAAGUCUCACCCAACCGUUCGCUGCAACGGAAGUUUUACAAGCGUUCCUGUCCCACAACACAACUGUCGCUGAAGGCAAGGAUGUAAAAACAGUGCACGAUGUUAAAUUGAUCCAACAUCAAGACGCAGCUCACCAUUAUUGGCCAGGAGACACGAUAGGAAUUCUAUCUAAUAAUAUUGACAGUGAUGUGCUGUACAUUCUGGAACACUUGAAUUUACUCUCCCAAGCAGACAUUACAUGGAAAGUGGGCAUUUCCACGGGCACAGCAAAGAAGGGGGCAAAACUUCCAACGUUUGUGCCGGAACUGAUCAGUUUCCGACGACUAUUCAAGGAAUGUCUUGAUCUCCGAGCCAUACCGAAAAAGCUAUUUAUUCGUGCAUUGGUGCCUUGUGCGACCGAGCCUCAGGAUCGUCGGUUUCUGGAGGUCCUCUGCUCGAAGGAAGGAAACUCAGCAUACGAGAGAGUCGUGCUACAACAAGGCAAAGGAUUGAUCUCGUUACUUCAGUUGGUACCGUCGUGUAAACCUAACACCACACUGUUAAUAGAGCAUCUUCCACGAUUAAUGCCUCGGCCGUACUCGAUAGCUAAUGUAUACCACGAGGACACAAAUCCUGUCGUGCGGUUUCUUUUCUCGCACGAUAAGCAGAAUCCAGGAAUCACAACUACGUUUCUUCAAGGAUUAGAAAAAGGCGCCACAGUGUAUUUCUGUUUUCGCCAAAGCAGUGCUUUCACGUAUAAAGACAGUGAUAUAAUGCGAAACAUAAUAAUGGUUGGGACCGGUACGGGGAUAUCUCCGUAUCUCGCCUUUCUCGAGCAACGCUCAAAAGCGUUAGCAAAAGGAGAGACAGUUGGCCGAGCGGAGCUUUUCGCCGGUUUCCGAUAUCGAGAGCGCAGCUAUCUAUGUAAGGAAGAAAUAGCUGAGCACUUACAGGAAGGCAGUCUUGAUGCUUGCCAUGAGGCAUUUUCACGAGACGAAAACACAUCACAUAAAUACGUGCAAAGUCACAUGCGAGAAAACAAAAACACAAUUAUUAACAACAUAAAACAUCCACUAGGAUUGUUUUACGUGUGUGGUGAUUCUAAAGUACUGUUGCCACAAAUAACAGACACGAUCAUCGAUAUACUCGCAGAAGAACCCGGGGCAGAAGACAAGGAAGAUAUCAAAACGUUCGUCGCCCAACUAAAAAAGGAAGGCAAAUAUCGUGAAGAUGUAUGGUUGUAA